AUGGUCGCCCCAGUAGUCACCCUCACGCAUCUGAAUCGCGCCGAUGGAUCAGCGACCUACACACAUAACGGAUACUCCAUCAUUGGCGCUGUCAACGGGCCCAUCGAAGUACAGCGACGCGAUGAAUUGCCAGAGGAAGCAGCGAUUGAGGUGAACGUUCGACCCGCAAUGGGCGUUGGAAGUCCGCGCGAGCGACAUCUCGAAACCCUCGUUCACAACACACUGCGCAGCAUCAUCUUGACACAAUCAAUACCCCGAACACUAGUCCAAUCUCUCACCCUUCUCCCACACCUCCUACAUACCUCUCUCCUCGCCCUCCUCUCAGCCUCUAUUCCCCUCCGAACAACAUUGACCUCCGUAAUCAUCGCACAACCCGCCUCACCAUCCACGAACUCAUUUCCUCCACUGCUCUCGCCAACCGCAAAUGAACUCCUCCGCGCCAAACCCAUCCGCGCCGUCCACGUCUUUGCCUUCUCAGGCAACAGAAAAAUGUUGAUGAGCGAAAACGAUGGCAGGUUCAGCUACGAAGAAUGGGCCGAGGCAUGUGAGAUGGCUGAAACAGCAUGCUGUGGAGAUGAGGAAGACGAUGAUGAUGGUGGCGUAAAAUUGGAAGCUGAGGGCGAGGCAAUGGACAUUGAUGCACAGGCUGAGUCAGAGAAUCUGGACCAGUGGUUGAGAAGCGUGGUUAGGAAGAAGGUGGAAUUCGAGCAGAGGUGGAAGAGUGCUACGUGA